AUGGAAAAAUAUCAUCAAACUGAGUUUAGUCCAAGAACAGGACGACCUUCAACCCAGCUCACUCCGCUUCGUCUGACAGGACGACAUUUUCCAGAUCUUAUUCCAGCUACUGAGAAAAAGGCAAAUCCAACCAGGCAAUGUGGAAUUUGCAGCAGGGCUCGAGAUGAACGCGAAAAGAAGAUUAGAAGAGGAACCAAAUAUUACUGUGCAGAUUGCGAAACCCCCUUGAUCGAGAUCCACAACCUGGCACUAGCGGUCAAAACGCAUCGAAUUGAUCCUCAUAGUGGAUAUUUUAAGGAAUCACUACAUCCAGCGAGGGUAAUAAGCCAUUGCAUUCGAUAUAUUAUUACCAUAAUCUAACG